UCUCUCUCUCUCUCUGUGUAACAGCGCCUCUCUCUCUCUCAGCUGUGCAGAGAUCAGUGUUAAAAAGAAAAGCUCUGCAUCCAGCGGCUUACUGCUGCUCGAUGCUCGGACUUGGCCAUGUAUAGUCAACAGCACCGUCUCCUGCCAAACAGCCGCCGCCGUUGUCACACGCAAAAGCGUGAAAUCUGACGUGAUGCUCUUCUUGCCACCGUCCCAUUCAGCCGCUCGUCGGGAUCCUCCCUUCAGACAGUCGUGCGUGAGCGCUGGGUAGCGAAACAACGGCAUUUACCGGAGCUGCGAUUCAAAACAGGAGCGAUUAAACACAGAGAGAGAGGCGGGGGGGGGAUCAAUAGGUAAAGAACUUGGAUCUGGAUUUUGAUUUUUUUGAUUUUUUUUUUUUUAAUGCGGCAAUGUAAAGAUGGCGAGAGUGCUCCACAACUUGCUGUUGUUUCUCAUCAGACUUGCGCUGAAAAUCAGAGUUUUGGGUUACUGGUCGCUGAUCUACGGUUAUUGUGCCCUCUGCACCGUCGUAGCUCUGCUGAAACUUUGCUGGAACAUCGUCUUGAGGCCGACAGCAACCUUCCAAUGGGCGAUUCGUGAAACUCCCCCGGCUUGUCUGAAUGACACGUCCUUGGGAACCCACUGUUAUGUUCGGAUCAAGGAGUCCGGCCUCAGGUUUCACUAUGUUGCAGCUGGAGAGAGAGGGAAGCCACUCAUGCUGUUUUUACACGGCUUCCCUGAGUUCUGGUUCUCCUGGCGCUACCAGCUGCGCGAGUUCAAGAGCGAAUUCCGCGUGGUGGCCAUCGACAUGCGGGGCUACGGGGAGUCCGACCUGCCGCUCUCCCCUGAAAGUUAUCGCUUCGAUUACCUGGUUACCGACAUCAAGGACAUCGUGGAGUACUUAGGCUCUGAAGGCCUUGUUCACCAGCCGCAGCACGGGGAUCGGGAGGAAAGGCCGCUGGCUCACGGCGGAGGACCUGGAGGCCUACCUGUACGCACUGUCACAGCCCGGAGCUCUGACUGGAGCCCUCAACUAUUACAGGAAUGUCUUCAGCUCUCUCCCCCUCAGCCACAACCACGUCAGGUCCCCGGUGCUGCUGCUGUGGGGCGAGCGGGACGCCUUCCUGGAGCAGGAGAUGGCCGAGGCGUGCCGCAUCUACAUCCGGAAUCACUUCCGUCUCAACAUCAUCUCCGGGGCCAGCCACUGGCUGCAGCAGGACCAGCCCGACAUUGUGAACACCCUCAUAUGGACCUUCCUGAAGGAGGGCGAGGGACGCAAAAGCUACAGGAACUAAAAUCACACACAGCGAGGCCUCCUCCAGCACCCCCCCCCCUUCCUUCUUCCCCUCCCCCACCCUGGUCUCACUUGCCACACCUGGAAGCCUGGAAUAUGCCUGUGAUACCAAGCGACAUAGUGAUAACGCAAUCAUUCUUUAAACCUUUUCACAUUUCAGAUAUUUUUUUAAAGAAGAACAGCAGCAGAGGGAAGAAUCAAAGCACACUUCACAAGGAGAGGACACCGGGACAGUGCGUGUGUGACACAUGUUUCCAGAUGUUUUUUGCACAUGACAUCCGCCUUAAAAGUUUGUCAGUUACAGCAUUACAAAUGUGUGGCGCAGAAAUCUCCUCGUGACUUGUAUUGUGUGGUGCCUUUUAACUUUUUUCGAGCCGUCGCAGUGUAAAUAUGUCCCCCCCCCCCCCCCCCCCACACACACACACACACCGGAGGGACUGAGGAUAUGGCGGUCGUCAUCCGCUAAAACCUUUAUGUUUCACCGGGUCGCUCUGCUCUUCUUUAGGCACAGUCCUCUGGGAGCCAUAACUCUCCCACUCCCUUUAUCAGGUAGUGUUGUCUAAAAGGAGGUUGUUUUUUUUUCCUUUUUUGUAUUUCCUCCUCAGAGAAACUCGCUCAGAUGUUAGAGAAUGUUGUUUGAUCUUGAUCUCUAUGUAUAGAAAAAAACAAAAAAAUGUCAGUGAUGGUUGACUAUUGUACUAUUUUGUAUCUAUUCCUACACACUGCAUUUUGGAGAAAAAAAAAAACUCACUGAGCCAGGUCUACACUGUUUGAUUUUAUAA